AUGAUGUAAGGGGUCGAAACAGGAAGUCGUUCCCCAACAUUCUGCGAUGACAUAAGCGACAACGGUACACAACCCAGCCUGCUACCUCUGUUACCCAUAUUCCCACCACAGUUCAACGAUGCACUCUCCACCUUCAAAUUCCUUUGUGACAUUUGCAAUUGUUUUAAACAUCGUUGCCUCCAUUUCAAUCGUGCUGUUAAACAAAUGGAUUUACACGGUGCAUGGAUUCCCAAAUGUCAGUUUAACGUGUCUUCAUUUCAUCGUAACAACAGUGGGACUUUUCGUCUGUCAAAAAUUCAAUAUUUUUCAGCCUAAAAGUGUUCCCAUUUUUAAGAUGGUGCCGUUAGCUUUGACGUUUUGCGGUUUUGUGGUGUUUACUAAUUUGUCCCUAGAGUCGAACACUGUCGGAACAUACCAGCUUAUCAAGAUGCUGACGACUCCGUGCAUCAUGGUGAUACAGACCAUGUUUUACACUAAAACGUUUUCAACAAGUGUUAAAUUAACAGUAGUCCCUAUAGCAGUAGGAGUGUUUUUAUAUUCAUAUUAUGAUAUCAAGUUUAACCUGCUAGGAAUAUUCUAUGCUUCCAUUGGAGUGCUGGUCACAUCCUUAUAUCAAGUGUGGGUGGGAGAGAAACAGCAUGAACUACAGAUAAACUCCAUGCAGUUGCUGUACUAUCAGGCUCCUCUGUCAGCUUUCCUCCUCAUGUUUGUGAUACCCUUCAUUGAGGUCCCCGUCAACAGCAUUCACGGAGCCAUGGGUCACUGGGACAUGAAUACUCUAGGUGCUGUCUUUUUGUCGGGAGUUAUUGCAUUCUGCGUGAAUCUGUCGAUAUUUUGGAUCAUUGGCAAUACCUCACCUAUGACAUACAAUAUGGCAGGACAUCUAAAGUUCUGCGUGACGCUGUUGAUGGGUUGGCUAAUAUUUCACGACUCUCUCUCAUUCCUACAAUUGUCGGGGAUCAUUUUCACUCUCACAGGUGUUACAGUAUACACACAUUUCAAACUAAAGGAACAAAGUCCUACCACACAACUUCCUACUGUUGUGGACAAAUCCUAAUGUUCAUAAACAGUUUACCCAGUUCUGAACAAGUCCUAAUGUUAAUUUAUGUACAGUCAACUCAUUUGCGAACAAGUCUUAAUGUUCAUAAACAGUUUACCUAGUUGUGAACAAGUCCUAAUGUUAAUGAACAGUCAACCCAGUUGUGAACAAGUCCAAAUGAUUAUGAAUGGUCAACUUAGUUGUGAACAAAUCCUAAGAUUAUGAACGGUCAACCCUGUUGUGGAUAAGUCCUAAUGAUUAUGAACAGGUCACUCAGUUGGAAACAAGUGAACAAGUCCUAAUGUUUUUAUGAACAAAGUCGCCCUCUCCCUAUUGUGAACAAGUCCUAAAUGUAGGAAUCGGGCAUCUUCUCAUUUCUAGCUCGAUGUAAACUGGACAGGGAGAAGACAGUAUUCCCAAAUAGUUGUUUAUCAUAUAAAACUUUAUAAUAUUUUCUUGAUAAUUCACAGGAAUUCCCUUUUAAAGGGACUGGUUUAUGUUUUUAAUUUUUUUUUUCUUUUUGAUGUUAAGCAUUAGAAAUAUAACUCAAUUAAUAUUGACAGCCUAAAGUUUGACCUUCUAAAUGCAAGAAUAAAAGCAAUAUUUAAGCCUAAGUUAAAUCUAUGUUAUGUAAACAAAGACUCAAGUCUUUUUGUGUUUACAAACAAACCAGUGAAAUGUUAAUUUUGUUAUUUGAAAGCAUCUUAAUUUUGCACAGUCAGAAAUUUUACUUUUAAAUGACAUACAUGAAAUGUGAUGGAUAUUUUAAACUUAGAUCGAUAUCCAUUUCUUUUGAAAACUUCAUAAACAAUAACAUACCACAAUGUUUGUUUACAAAAGAAACAAAAAACUCUCUAAGAUCAGUUUCUGUGAUAAUGUAUAACUAUUUGUUUGUGAAAUCAAACACAUUACACUGUAGAUUUUGAUCAUUAAAUUAAAGCAAAAAAAAAAAAAAAUGUGGGAAAAUCGAGAAUCAGACCCUUUAAUGUCUUGGAUAAAUAUAUGUACAUGUAUAAGCUACAUGAUAAUCUUUUUAACUAGGAGUUGAAGGUUUUAACUUCGAAAUAAUUAUUUCAAAUUCACAAGAAAAGCUAAUGGUAAGAUGGUAUAUGACACAUUUAACAAUAUCGUGGAAACAUCAGCUCUGCUUCAACAUCACGAUAGAGGAUCAACAAUUAUUUAGACUCACCAGCAGACUGGGAAGUCUAGGGUCAUCAUUAUACAUCUAACUGGGUCAGACUGUGAGGCUUAGGGUCAUCAUUAUACAAUCUAACUGGGUCAGACUGUGAGGCUUAAGGUCAUCAUUAUACAAUCUAACUGGGUCAGACUGGGAGGCUUAGGGUCAUCAUUAUGCAAUCUAACUGGGUCAGACUGGGAGGCUUAGGGUCAUCAUUAUACACUUGGUCUGUUGAUGCAUUGUAGGAGGGGAAUGUGUCACAACCUAAAAGUAGGUCACUGUGGCCUCCUUUUGGAAUAGCAAAUGACAGCAUCAUAGUCAUGUGACUUCAAGUAUGCACACAGAUAUUCAUCAUGUAGUUUCUGUGGAAACGAGGGGGUUAUUUAUAGACCGAAUAUAAAUAACCCCCUCGUUUCCACAGAAACUAUUCAUCAUGUACAUGAGAGUUGUGGACAAGCGUAGCAUAUAUAUACCAUAGCUGUGUACUUUAUUAUCCACUGUCUAAUACCUGUCCUUAACAUAAAGCUACACACUGUCCUCCCAUAUAUAUUACACCAAACUGAUAGAAAAUAAAAUGUAGGGGGUUUUACAUAGCUUGACUAUUUAUGUAUUUUAAUUUGUUUUCGACUUCAUUUCUCUGGUGUUGAUUUCUUCAAUAUUACAGGGUUAUUAAAUCUAUAUAUAUAUAUUGGUGAAUUAUUGACACGAGUUAGGAAAAGCCAGUAUUUACUAACUUAUAUGAGUUUAGUUUUGUAAUGCAUAAUUUUGUACUUCAGUUGUUUUAUGUUUAUAAUUUAUUCAUUUUUGCAUCAAGUUCAUAAACUGAAACAUUGUUGACACUGACAUAAACUGAAGCAUUGUUGACACUGACAUAAACUGAAGCAUUGUUGACACCGACAUAAACUGAAGCAUUGUUGACACCGACAUAAACUGAAGCAUUGUUGAAGCAUUGUUGACACCGACAUAAACUGAAGCAUUGUUGACACCGACAUAAACUGAAGCAUUGUUGACAACGACAUGAACUGAAGCAUUGUUGACAACGACAUAAACUGAAGCAUUGUUGACAACGACAUAAACUGAAGCAUUGUUGACACCGACAAAAACUGAAACAUUGUUGACACUGACAUGAACUGAAGCAUUGUUGACACUGACAUAAACUGAAACAUUGUUGACACCGACAUGAAUGUGUGAACUAUUACAGUUCCUAUAAUGCAUGUUUUCAAUACUGAAAUGUAAAUUAUGAUUUUUUUCUGGUCUGCAUAAUGGUCAAUCAGAAUGGAAAUAUUGUAAGAUUUACCUGAUGCUCGAUAGAUAAAACGUAGUCGAUGUCUACCGGAGUGAAAACUUCCAACACAAUCAGCCAUCUUCAUCUUACACAAUGUAUGAUUAAAAACAUUCAGUGAGGACAAGAUUAAUGGCAUAAAUAAGGCAUACUAAAAUUCUCUAGAAUUAAGGAGCAUUUUAUUUACAACUCAUUAGAUAAAUCAAGGACUCUUGGUUCGGAUUUCAAAAGAGAUCAUUACUUCUUAUGUUUUCACCUUUGUCUUACCAUUACACAAUUUCCGAGUUGCCCAAUAGUAAUUUCCCUUGUGGAACUCUUGGUACACGGUGGGUACAAAUGCUUAUUGCUGUGUUCGGAAAUUGUGCAUUGGAAUGAUAUCAGUUAACGCCCUUGUGUACUUUCAAAAAUGAAUUUCAUGCCAUUGGACAGCUGUAUAGUGUUUGAGAAUGCAUGAGUCGUCUACUAAUUAGUGAUCUCGAUAAGUCCCAUCUAGUCAUCGGUAUAGUCCCACAUUGAAAUCAAUAUUAGUGUUACUCGGUGACACCUACAUGUACAGGUACAUUGACAGCAUUUGUUUGAUUAUUUUGUGAACUUUCAACCUGUUGAUUGCAUCAAGAAAGAUAAUUGUAUAUCGGAUAUGAAUUUUACUGGUGUAAUUUUUUUUAUGGUGAAAGUACAUGUAUAUCGUGUUUAUAUUACCUGAAUUUUAAUGGUGUAUUGUUUUGAUGGAGAAAGUACCGCGUUUGAACUACAUGCAGGUUUGAUACUCAUUGUUAUUUUUUCUGAAGUAGACAUCAUCAAUAAUGAUUUUUGUUUAUAAUUCUUGUGAGUUGCAUGUAUAUCUUAUAUUUGAAAUUUGUUUAUUGUCAGCAUUGAUUAUAGAGAAAACUGAAAACUAAAUGUACAUAUAUUAUUACUAGUCUACAGUAACCUUGAUCCGAAGAGUCGGAUCACAUCGCGUUGACAGGCAUGGAUUAUCAGAUUAAACGAGACGUGAAACGUCAAGGAGAUAUGAUCCAAGUCUUCAGAUCAAGAUACAGUACCUGUAGUAAUGAUAUAUUCAUCACAUGUACAUACCCCCUUCUGUAUUUUUAAGAUACAUGUUUAUAAGACGAGUAAAUUCUUAAUUAUCAGAAAGACAAACAGUGAAAUGAUUUUUUUGUGUUCGCAAUUUUUCUGUGACUCAGUCCUUCACUUUCAACAAAAACAUGCAUUCAUGUACAUGUAUUAUGGCAUUAUACAUUUCUCAGAGAAUCCAGAAAUUCAGAUCACACUCUGAAUUUUACAGCAUUAAAUCACGGAUUAUUGAUGCGUAUAUGAUAAAAGUAAAUAACUUUGUAGUUGUUUGGGGGUUGAUGAGGAGGUCAGUUGAUCCGAGUCCUGGAUAAUUCUUGCUUAAUCCCUUUAAUGCGAUGCUCCAGUCAAGUGGUCACUUCAUUUCCCAAACCAGACCUUCCUUAAUACACAGACAUUCAAACAUAAAGAGUAAUAAAAUAAUCAACAAUAUAUACAUGUAACAUAGGAGAGGAGAAAAUCCAUGGCUGGACUGAGAAUCGAACCCGGGACCCCUGGAUUACUAGUCAGGUGCUCUAACCACUGAGCUAUCCAGGACCCCUGCAAUACUAGUCAGGUGCUCUAACCACUGAGCUAUCCACGGUCCGUACAGUGCCAGCUACUACAUUCCUACCUCCUUCAAUGACACACAACCCAGAUUCUGUUUGCCCCUGGCAGGACAACCUGUAGUGCAGGAGUGGUCAACGGCACCAAAUGUAGUAUAGGAGAAAAUCUAUGACUGGACCAGGAAUCGAACCCGGGACUCCUGCAAUACUAGUCAGGUGCUCUAACCAAUGAGCUAUUCAGACUGAUAUCCCAUGGUCCGUAUAGCCCUAACUAAUAAAAGUGUAUAGAAUGAGGCACUGAUCUUAUAUAUAAAUAAAGAGUACUGAACAAAUCACUGGUGUGUGUGUGUAUAUAUAAUUAUAUAUAAACACACACACAAAUAUAUAUAUACACACACACACAUAUAUAUAACCAUCAAUACUCAACAUCCCAAGUGUCAGAUCUGAAUGUAGAUAUGGGGUCAAAUAAAUAAGGACAUAAUAUACAUUGUAUAUUGCUUCUGAUGUUUGUAUGUUUUGUUUUUGUUUAGUGUGUGUGUGUGCGAGCAUGUGUGUGUAUUUUAAAUCAAUUGUCAGCAGUUUAUUUACCACCUGGAUGUUAAAGUUACAUGUAAAUUAUGCGAGAUCACUUUUAUUUUCUUCAUGUCCAUAGUAUUUGCUGUAGGGUUCACAUGUUAACAGAAGAAAAUUCAUGUCAUAAUUGAUUUCUCUAAAAUUAUCACAUCAUUGUGUCGAUAAAAUUCAUGUCAUAAUUGAUUUCUCUACAAUUAUCACACCAUCGUGUUGAUAUUAUGUUGACAUGAGGCGACCACAACCAGUGUUGCAUACAUGUUGUUGCUGAGAAUAAAUUCAAUUUAUGCAAAA